AUGAAAGUUGUGAAGCGUCUUCCUCUGCUACUGGGCUUCUGGACUCUGGUUUACCUGGAUCCUGUCCUCGCCUCGCUCAGCCGGACCAGGCAGACGGACACGCACCGGCGGGGAGAGGCGGCGGUGCGCGCUCUCACCGGGGGAGGAGGUGACCCACACCGGACCGGGACGGUCGGCGGGGGAGCCGGUGGGUCUACGGUAGCUGCCGGUAGACUACCUUUGACCGUUUCGGGGACGUGGAAACCCACGGCGGGGAGUCCGGCUAGGAUCACGCGAAUUCGGGCUGGCCCUCCGUUAAUCAAAGGCGAAACGGCGGUCGUUAAAAGCAAGGCUACGGCGGUGACGUCCGCGUCCUCGGCGUCGCUGCCGCGUAAUGGGGCUGUGAACCGGGCGCAGCUACUGACGCAGCACCGGGACAGAGCGAUCAGCCUGGGGCGCAAAGACGCUGCGCGCUCCUGGUUACCCGCCGGGGAGGCGCAGCAUAAGGCGCACACGCCCGACGCUUUCAGUGCACACGCAGCGGGGAAAGGAGCCGGGGCAACGGAAGGCGGCGGAGGCGGCGGUCCAUCGGGAAAACAUAGCGGAAAAGCGGUUUCAAGGUCGGCUGCGGUAGCUCCGGUGCGCGCCGCGGCGCCGCUCCACAAAGGUGCCGGCGGGCAGCAGCAGCAGCAGUAUGCGGCACCGGCAGCCCAGAGGAAUGCCGGCGUUAAAGCCACGGCGGCCAAAGCGAGUGAACGGGAGGGGCAUCACAGACAGCCGCUGGUUACUCCUCACGACUACAUGCUGUCGUUAUAUUGGUCGCUCUCUGCCGGAGACUUCAACAGCAGCACUCUGCACGACGCGGGCUUGGCCAACACAAUAACGAGCUUUGUGGAUAAAGGACAAGAUGAACGUGGUCCCCAGCUGAGACGGCAGAAGUACCACUUCAACAUCAGCUCUCUGGACAGAGAUGGACUCCUGGGGGCCGAGCUACGCAUCCUGAGGAAGCGCCUGUCUGAUCCUCGCAAAGCUUCAAAUGAAGCCUUGGGAUCUCCAGCCACAGGGGGCGGUGGUGGGGGUGGCCCUUCCCCGUACCUGAAGCUGUACACCUGCACUUCAGGUAAACAGAAGCCUACUCUGCUCCAGACACGGACCAUAGAGGAUCUGGUCGGUGGUAUGAUCAUCAGCAAGUGGGAGGUGUUUGACAUCUGGAAAGUCUUUAAGGGCUUCAGAAACCAACAGAUCCAGCACACUCAGCAGCUGUGUUUUGAACUUGAGGCUCUGGAGCACCGAGGAGGUCGCCCAACCGACCUACGGGCUCUAGGGUUUGCUCGGACCGGAAGGACCAACAAGGAGAAAGCUUUCUUCCUGGCAUUUGGUAAGACCAAGAAGCAUGACCUGUUCUACAAUGAGAUCAAGGCACGGUCAGGUCAUGACAACAAGACUGUCUACGAGUACCUGUUCACUCAACGGCGAAUGCGUCGGGCCCCUGCGACAAGGGGCGCCAAAAAGACGCCGCAACAGUCACAGCCACAGUCUCACCCACCGCACCAGGCAGUCAAAGCCCAGACAAGGCCACGCUGCCACCGAAGACAGCUCCAUGUCAACUUCAAGGAAAUGGGCUGGGAUGACUGGAUUAUUGCGCCACUCGAGUACGAGGCCUUCCAUUGUGACGGUGUCUGCGACUUCCCUAUCCGCUCACACCUGGAGCCAACCAAUCAUGCCAUCAUACAGACGCUUAUGAACUCUAUGGACCCGGACUCAACCCCACCCACCUGCUGCGUCCCGACGCGCCUCAGCCCAAUCAGUAUCCUCUACAUCGACUCAGCCAACAAUGUCGUCUACAAGCAGUACGAGGACAUGGUGGUGGAGUCAUGUGGCUGCAGGUAG